AUGUCCUCCGCCGCAGAUGCAUCGUCUUUCCCUCAGUUUCGUCGAUUUCCCAAAGAAAUACGUCUUUCCAUCUGGGAACACACAAUUCCUGAGCCGCGCAUCGUUCACAUUGUUCAAGAUGCAGCUACACGAGCAAUGAAAUCAUACACUUCGAUCCCUACAAUUCUCCACAUCAAUCAUGAAUCGUUCUCUGUCGCUUCAAAACAAUAUCACCGUGCGUUUCGUUGCUGCAAGCCUGGACAGGACAAACCAGAUAAGGAUGUAUCUUAUGUGUGGUUCGAUUUUGAACGAGACUUUCUACUGAUUGAUUACACGAUGGCUGGCGAACUUUGGCCCUCGUCAGAGGAUUGGUCUGCUACUAGUACGAAUCCUCUUCGUUACACUUCAGUUGCUGAGGAUGAACAUAUCUGGAGACUUUUUACUGGAUUGAGACAAUGGUUUCUGGUCCAAGAACUCAUGGGUUGUGGAAAUGUUUUAGAGCCACGCAGCGUCCACAACUCAAAACCUUCCAUUCGUAAGAUUGAACAGUAUCAUCUUGCACCUUCAUAUGACUUAUCGUUCUGGGAUGUAAGUGGCGAGGAAGAUGUCAAUUUUGAGCUAUGUAUGAGGUUAUUCGACAUAGCCAAGAAGGCGCCUCAACCUACGUUAGAACCUCGAGAACUUCUUCGUUAUCCGAGUACUACCUCGAGGCGCAUAAGACAGGCAUUGGAAUUUUCCAUAAAUCGUUCGCAUCUCAAUAAUACACCUCUACCCGAGAUUACACAAAAAGUCAUGCUCAGCCCCAGCUUAAAAAAUAAGUUCAUGGAGGAAAAACUACGCUAUGAGGCACACAUCUUGGAGAACACCCAGAAUCACGAGGAACACAAGGCUGAAAAUUGUAAUUGCCACACGACAGGUAAAUACUGGCGCAGCGAAAUGAAAACUAUGGCACGCCAUCUCGAUACACCUCGGCCGCUGACGCGAGGUAAUACAAGAAGUCGAGUUAUCAAGUCAAGAGGUCGGAAUUAA